AUGUCUGCCUUUGGCACGAAGACGAAAAAGCGCAUCAUCAACAUCCACUCAGACUUCAGCCCGUCAAAGGACAGAGAGACAUCACCUGCGACCCCCCACCGCCGUGAGCCACCGACAACUCCGCUGAAGCCGAAAGCAACCAACAAUGAGACACCCCUGAAGCCUCGUGACAACAACACAAGCACACCUUUGAAGGAGAAGAAGACCGAGAAGGGGGCUAAGAAGGAUGCACCGCUAAAGCAACAUGCGGCGCAGAAUCGUCGGGCGGUCUACCGCAACAGCCCGGAGCGUGCGCACGUCGUCCGAAAGCCAGCACCAAGGAGAAUCCAUGCCCUGAGGGCUAUGGACAGAGUGGAGGUUACGAUUGAGACGAGGUCGCCAUCCCCGAAGCAAUCCGAACCGCAAGUGGAACCGAAGACGAGGGCGAAACCGCAGGAGAAGGCAGAGAGUGGCAAUGAGGCCAAGCCGAAGCCGAAAGCGACUGCGAAGCGCAAGACCGAUGAUGAGGGAGAACCGAUGCCGAAGUCUGGACCCUCCAAGCAGUCCGAGGCUGUGGAUGAAGUGACGCAGCAAGUCGUCGAUUUGACGCUUAGCGAGGACGAGCAGCCCGUCAAGCGUGGUCCUGCGCCACGGAAACCUCGCAAGGCGCCGAAGAUAAUUAAGCCCGUCCAGCGCGCCGAUCCGACACCGCUACCAUCACCAGAGCCCGAGGUGCGGCCUGACCUUCCGGAUGAGAGUCUGUCUCGACUGCUAGCCCAGUGCACUGUCUCCCAGCCUGUUGCAUUCAGUGAUGUCUUCAAGGAUCCCGCUUUCUCGACGCUCGUCACCGGUUUCGAACUCAAGAAGCAGGGCGAGGCGUCCUACUCUGAGGUGUUCCGAGUCGGUGACGCUGUUGUCAAGGUCAUCCCACUUCUGGGCACUGAUCGCCCGACAGACGACGGCGAGGACAUUCCCGACUGCUCCAGUGCCGACGACGUUGCGCGCGAAAUCGAAGUUACGAGGCGCAUGGCGCAGGUUCCCGGGGGCGGCUUCGUCGGCUUCAGGGGCGCCUUUGUCGUGACCGGAUCGUACCCCGCCCCUCUUCUCGCGGAAUGGGACGCCUGGAAAGCUGAAAGGGGCACGGAAUCCCCACGUCCAAUCUUCCCACCAGAACAGCAGUUCGCGCUCGUCGUCCUCGACGACGGCGGAGGCGACCUCGAGUCCGCCCACUUCGACUCUCACUCCUGGACGACAAUGGCCGCCGUGUUCUGGCAAGUAUGCGAUGCGCUUGCGCGAGCCGAGAAGUGGACUCAGUUCGAGUUAUCCUCCCCGCCGCCGCCGACGUCCAAGCCGACCAACACAAACUAUCUCGCCCCGAGCGGCGUCACGGCGACGAUGAUAGACUUUGGCCUGUCCCGCUUAUCGAUUGAUGGCGAGGUGAGGUGGACACCCCUCCCCGAGGAAGUGUACGAUGGCGUCGGCGCACAGUGGGACGUGUACCGGGCUAUGCGGGACGUGAUUGAAUCCCAGCCCCCGCCGGCGGAGCCCGAACCGGUGCGACCGCCGAGUCCCAUCCCACUAGCCCGACGGAGAUCGCGACGCACAACGACACGGGUGGUGCAGUACGUCCUCUCCGACUCUGAGGACGACGACGACGAACCGAGCUACGUCCCGCCUAUCUCUCCCCCAUCGUCUCCCCUCGCCUCUCCCUCCUCCUCUCGGACAUCGACACCGCCGACCUCCACAUCCAGCCUCAGCCCGCGGACACCCUGGACCGCAUUCGUGCCCGCCUCCAACGUGCUCUGGCUCCGGUACCUGUGCACGUACCUCCUCAAGGCUGCGCGGAAACCGUACAGCCGCAAGUCGACCAGUGCGGCUAAACAGGCAGCGCGACAGAGACAGGAGGCGGCGUGGAGCAUGCUCUGCGACGUUGGGGCGGCGCUCGAUCCGGAAAUGGGCAUGUUCGAUAGUGCUGCGGACGUCCGGAGCUGGGGAGAGGAGUGUGGGUGGGUCGCGUAG